UAGAAAAGAAGAAAACAGAAGAAAUAGAGGAAGAGAGAGAGAAGAGAGACAGAGGAGGAGAAAGAGGGGUAAGGAGCAAAAGGAGGAAGAAGAAGGAGGAGAAGAAGAAGAAGAAUAAGAAGAAGGGAUGAUGAGGACGUGUUUUAUCGUCUCUUUAAUCAGAUUAUCAAGAAUCAACCUGAAGACACAAACUACACACUGACAGAAAGACAGCGUGUUGGUGGACAAAGUCUCCUCAGGACUGACUGAAGAUCUCAGGAGAUGACCAUCACCUGGUAACCAUGACAACCACCAGAUAACUAACUGGUAACCAUGACAAUCAUCUGUCUGAAGAAGGUCGAACAGAACUGAACUUGUGGAUUAAAAACGGGGAGGUGACUUUGAAAUGUGACUUCCUGUCUGUCUGACUGUCAGUCCACCAUGUCUCACCCUCUCCCCCUCCUCCCCCUCCUGCUCCUCCUGCCGGUGGUGGGCCGGUGUCAGACCGGCAGUCAGUUUGACGUAUGUCGGUCUCUGCGCAGCUCGGAGGCGGGCCCGGGAUGGGAGUUUUACGCCUGUCAACCUCCACAAGCCAACAUGAAGGAGGUGAUGCAGAUCAGAGUCGACCCCCCCGGCAUCACCUGUGGAAACCCACCUGAGAGAUUCUGCACUCUGGAGAACCCGUACCUGUGCAGUGAUGAGUGUGAUGCGUCCAGCCCUGACCUGUCUCACCCUCCUCAGCUGAUGGGAGACAGGGAGAGGGGAGGGCUCAUCACCUACUGGCAAACAGUCACAUGGUCCAGGUAUCCUGAGCCUCUAUUGGCCAACAUCACUCUGUCCUGGAACAAGAGUCUCGAGGUGGUUGACGAUAUCAUUGUCACCUUCGAGUACGGCCGACCAACCAGCAUGGUGCUGGAGAAAUCUCUGGACAAAGGUGUAACAUGGCAGCCGUAUCAGUACUAUGCUGAUGACUGCCUGGAGGCAUUUGGUAUGUCUCCUAAACGAGUCUCUGAUUUAGCACCAAGUAACUUAACCCGGGUUAUCUGUACUGAGCAGUACUCCCGCUGGGUCGGAGCCAAGGAGGAGAAGAUUGUGGUGUUCGAGGUGCGGGCUCGGUUCGGGGUGUUUGCAGGUCCAAAGUUGAUCAACAUUGAUGCCUUGUACACCCGGAUGGAGACCAUGAAAGGUCUGAGGGACUUCUUCACCUUCACCAACCUCCGACUGCGUCUCCUCCGCCCAGCACUGGGUGGGACCUAUGUCCAGAGAGACAACCUGCUGAAAUACUUCUAUGCUAUUUCCAACAUUGACGUACCGGCCAGGUGUAAGUGUAACAUGCAUGCAGCUCAGUGUGUGUUACGUGAUGCAACACUGCAGUGUGAAUGUGACCACAACACGAGUGGACAAGACUGUCAACGCUGCAGCCAGGGAUUCAAAUCCCGCAGCUGGAGACCAGGAUCAUACCUGCCCUUGCCCAAAGGCACUGCCAACACCUGUGAAGCAGCAGAAACAGCAGCCUUGACUCCGCCCUCUGACUCCACCUCCUCACCAGACAGCACAGACUUCGCUGUAUCUGGAACUGGUAUGACCAACUUAAUAAUUACCCUAUCUGCUGAUGGUACUACAACAACAUCAACUGGAACACCAACAACUACAACCAUCACAGAAAUACCUCCGCCCAGUGAAGGUGCUCCAUCUGGAGAUACUCCACCCACUAGGUUGGCCCCAACCAAUCAGGCUGGAGAUCCUCGACCUGCAGACGCUGACACGACUUCUCCUGAUGUUCCUCCAGACACACAAAUAGAAGUACCAUCUCCUGAUGUACCACCUCCUGAUGAAGCUCCACCUGAUGUACCUCCUCCUGAUGUACCACCUCCUGAUGAAGCUCCUCCUGAUGUACCUCCUGAUCUACCACCUCCUAAUGCACCACCUCCUGAUGAAGCUCCUCCUGAUGUACCACCUCCUGAUGAAGCUCCUCCUGAUGUACCUCCUGAUCUACCACCUCCCAAUGAAGCUCCUUCUGAUAUACCAUCUCCAGCUGAAGCUGCUCCUGAUGUAACUCCAUCUGAUGGUUCUCCUCCGGAUGUCCGUUUUCCUGAUGUACCUCUGGAUGAAGCUCCAUCUGAUGUACCUCCCUCUGAUGUAUCUCCUCUGGAUGUUCCUCUUCCUGAUGUACCUUCUCCUGAUCUACCUCCUCCAGAUGUACUCCCCUCUGAUGUACCUCCUGCAGCUGUACCCCCAUCUGAUGUAUCUCCUCCAGAUGUACCUCCAGAUGUACCUCUUCCUGAUGUACCUUCUCCUGAUCUACCUCCUCCAGAUGUACCUCUUCCUGAUGUACCUUCUCCUGAUCUACCUCCUCCAGAUGUACCUCCUCCGGAUCUACCUCCUCCUGAUGUACCUUUUCCUGAUCAACCUUCUCCAGAUGUACCUCCUCCAGAUGUACCUCCUCCUGAUGUACCUUCUCCUGAUCAACCAUCUCCAGAUGUACUUCCCUCUAAUGUAUCUCCUCCAGAAGCACCCUUCUUUUGGACUUCAGACACUCCUCCAGAUGUACCUCCCUCUGAUGUACCGCCACCAGAUGUUCGCCCAGAAGUGCCCUCCUCUAAGACUCCUGACACUCUGAUAGAUUUACCUCCUCUUGAAGGAAUACCUCUUGAAGUAUCUCCUCCUAAUGCCUCUGUAGAAUCCUUGUUGCCUCCUGCUGUAGGAGGAGGAGGUGAUACUGCACCAGACACAAGGUCCACCACCUUAGAUCGGUCUGACUCUGCUGGGGAUUUGGCCCCUGUGGACUUCACCUACCCAUUUCCAGAUGAUCCAAUUUCUGUUGAUCCCAGGAACAUUUCAUAUGAUUCCCUUGAAUCUGUUGAUGUUACUGGACCAAAUUCAGUUGAUUCUCGACUGGUCUCACAAGGGCUAGAUAUAGUGGAAACAGGAAAUAGUGGAAUGGAAGCAAUUGGAUCAGAUUCCCUUGUACCAGAUAGUGCAAGUCCUGGUCUAGAUGCUAGACCAGAUUUUCCUCAAGUAGUAGAUGAUCCAGGAGUAGAUCCUUCAGCAGCUCAAAUGGAAGCAAAGUCUUCUGGAAAGGAUUCAGCUGCCAGAGGACCAGAAGGAGGCUCAGAGUUGGGUGAAAAGGAAGACUCUGAACAAAAGACGACAGGAAAGGAAAAAGUCACUGAAGCCAAAGAAGAAGCAAAAAAGGAGACUAAAGAGGAAGGAGGGAAGGACAAAGACAAAAAAAAAUACGAGAAAAAAGCGACCCAGAAGAUUCUGAUUCCAGGAGGACCAAAGUUCAGUCAGCUGUCCAAAAUCGCCUAUGUCACCUUCCAGGACUGUGAGUGUAAUGGUCACUCCAACCGCUGCAGCUACAUUGACUUCAUCAACGUCAUCACAUGUGUGAGCUGUAAACACAAUACACGAGGACAGAACUGUCAGUACUGUCGCCUUGGUUACUAUAGAAAUGCCUCACUGAUGUUGAACGACGAGAACGUCUGUGUCGAGUGUGACUGUGACAUGGAGCGCAGUCUUUCUCCUCACUGCUCUGACUCUGGUCUGUGUCAGUGUAAACCCGGAGCAGCAGGGCGCCGCUGUGACUCCUGCCUACGUGGAUACACCUGGAGAGCAGAGGGAGCCAGCUGCACAGGUAAGGAGUCUCUUUCCAGAAAAGUUGGAUUUCCAGGUAGGGUUUCAACAGGUAUCUCUGGAGUGAUGUCAGAAAAUGUUACUAUAUCUGAACAGAGUUCAACUCUGGCUCCUGCUCAUCAGGAUUUGGGUCUGGAUGCUGACGUGUGCUCGGCCUUCGAGGUUUGCUUGACACACCAGGAGUUUCCUCUUUAA